UAUCUGUGCUCUAACAUCGUUGAGUGUAUAAUGCCCUCUGUACUUAUGCCUGCGAAUCAAACUCCAUGUUCUCAUACAUUUGAAAAACGUUAAGGAAGGAGUCAUUUGAAAAAGGUCAUCGUGAAAUUAAAUUGAGCUUAAGAAAAAGAAGCCAUAGGGAAGGAAAGAUAAUAUACGUGAAAUAAGUAUACUAGUGAUAAUGACAAGACGUAAGAAUAGAAAAUAUUCUGAAAAGGAGAAACUAUGUCUUGUGAACUUUGUCCAAGAUAACAAACAUAUAAUAGAAGAUACAUGCAAAUGUGGGACAAUGCGGCUACAAAGAAAGAAGAAGUGGAUAGAACUUUCCAAUACUCUGUUGUCUAUGGGGUUUAGCCAUUCUUGGAAGGAAUUACGACUACUUUAUAAAACAUUGAAAUACAAAGCUAAAUAUAAAGUCACGACAUGGGAGGAACAUUAUAAAGGAAGUGAUAGUAAGAAGUCACAGACUAUGCCAGAUAAAAUAGACUUUGUGAUAGCAAAAUUAUGUUCCGAGGAAUCAAAGAUGGCCAACAAGUGUUUUCAUGAAUGUCAAUUGCAAGGAUACACCAAAAAUCUGACAUCAAUAUCCAAAAAGAAGCAAAAAAUUAAUAAAAGCACCAUUAAUCCUAUCCACCAAGAACAACAUCAAAUGGAAAUAGAUAGAGAUAUACUAGAUACAACCCAGACAGUCAUGGCUGUUUCUUUAUCUGAGUCUCGAGCAAAUGAAACUACAGAGAAACAAUCAUGUGCCGAGUCUUUACUUGAGCUCCAUAAAAAGCAGUGGACCAUUAGAUUUGAAUUACAAUUACAAGAACAUGACGCUAGAAUGGCAUUGCUUAAAGAAGAAGAAAGAUACAAGAGAAUAUUUAACAAUUAUGCCCUUGAAGAAAAGAAAAUGAGAAUUGCAAUUCUACAGAAACAAUUAGACAAUCUGGAGAAUUAAAAUACACAGUUAUAAAUAAAUUGAUAAAUAUUAUAUUUUUACUUGUAUGAACUAUGUUGAUUAUGAAGUAUUACAGGUAGAAUGCUAAAUAUUCUUAUAACUUAGACUGGUAUUUUUGUAUAAAAAUAGUAAUAGUUUAUGCAGUCAUGCAAACAGUUUUGAAGCUACUUGUAUCCACUGAGCAUAAUAUUAUAUUUUCAUGGAAAGUAAAUUACUAUUGUAGUGUACUGUAUUCUUGGACCUUGAUAUUAAACAAUUUUUUAUUUUAA